AGAGCAUGGGAUAUGACAAUUACUAUAAAACACAACAUUUAAAGCGCUCAUUGAAUAGCAAAAGUAGUUAAACAGAAAAAGAGUGCACCAUCGAUUAAACAAGAGAUGCUGUCUAGAAAUAUUCUCAACUGGUUAGUGCUAUUCCUGACCAUAGUUACUGUUAUCAGGAGUGAGCACUAUCAAAUUGUGUUGGUGGAUUCAACUGACUUGUGCAAUGGAUACCGAAAUGUAACUUGUUUCACUCUCGAGCAGCUUGUUCAAACAGACCUGUUAUCUGGUGGAGUCAAUCUCACCUUAAGCUUUCUACCUGGAGAUCAUGUGUUAACUGAGCAGUUAUUGAUUCGUAACUUUAGACAUGUGCAUAUUACCAGUCAGAGCAAAAGUACAGCUGUAAUUAGAUUCUAUAGCAAUGGUGUGAUACGUUUUUUUAGUACCACUGAAUUGAGUAUUGAACGCUUGGGUUUCAUUAAUGGAGCGAAUGUUGGACCACGAAACUCACAUCGAGAUUUGACCAUUGACAGUGCCCACAAUGUCUAUAUCAACGACUGCUACUUUAUGAACUUUUUUGUACUACUCAAUCAAGUGGAAACCCACCUAGUUAAGAUUGCUAAUACUCAAAUUGUAACAAUUAAAAGCACUCUCUUUAUGAACAACACUGGCCGGGCAAUGCAUGUUGAGGCUAUUGAUGUGUACAUAACAAAUAGCGACUUCACAAGAAAUGAUGGAGGUGCAGUUUACAUUGAAUCAAACAACUCUCUGAUCAACAACACAGAGUUCAACUAUAACAGUGCUUGGAGCGGAGGAGCAGUAGAAUUGGUAUCUGGUACAGUAGUGAUCACUUCGUGUAACUUUACAAAUAAUGAAGCUUCUCUGUAUGGUGGAGCGAUUAGUAUUUACUCAAGCAGUGUGUCCAUCUCCAACAGCAUACUGACAAAUAACAGUGCUAACAAUGAUGGUGGAGCGAUUGCUUUUUCCUCAGGCAGGAGUGUGUCUAUUUCCAACAGCACACUGACACGCAACAUUAACAGUACUGAUGAGAUUGUUGGAGCGAUUAAUGUUGACUCAGGCAGAGUGUUUAUCUCUGGCAGCACACUGACAAACAACAGUGCUGACAAAAGGGGUGGAGCAAUUUAUGCUCACUCAGGCAGUGUCUCCAUCUCCAACAGUGAGCUGACAAGCAACAGAGCUAACAUUGGUGGUGGAGCGAUUAGUGUUGACUCAAGCAGUAUGUCCAUCUCCAACAGCACACUGACAAACAACAGAGCUGACUAUGGUGGAGCGUUUUACGUUACUUCAAGCAGUCUGUCUAUCUCCGACAACACACUGACAAACAACAGUGCUGUCUAUAUUGGUGGAGCGAUUAGUGUUGGUUCAGGUAGCGUGUCCAUCUCCAACAGCAAACUUAUAAACAAUAGUGCUAACACCGGUGGAAUGCUUAGUGUUUACUCAAGCAGUGCGUCUAUCUCCGACAGCACACUGGCAAACAACAGAGCUGCUGAAUAUGGUGGAGCGAUUAGUGUUUACUCAAGCAGUGUGUUCAUUUCCGACAGCAAACUGACAAACAACAGAGCUGACUAUGGUGGAGGAGCGAUCAGUGUUGGUUUCAGCUGCAGUGUGUCUAUCUCCGAAAGCACACUGACAAGCAACAGAGCUGACUAUGGUGGAGCGAUUACUGUUUUCUCAAGCAGUGUGUUCAUCUCCGACAGCAAACUUAUAAACAAUAGUGCUAACACCGGUGGAAUGCUUAGUGUUUACUCAAGCAGUGUAUCCAUCUCCGAAAGCACACUGACAAGCAACAGAGCUGACUAUGGUGGAGCGAUUAGUGUUGACUCAAGCAAUAUGUCCAUCUCCAACAGCACAUUGACAAACAACAGAGCUGACUAUGGUGGAGUGUUGUACGUUACUUCAAGCAGUCUGACUAGCAGUCUGACUAUCUCCGACAACACACUGACAAACAACAGUGCUGUCUAUAUUGGUGGAGCGAUUAGUAUUGGUUCAGGUAGCGUGUCCAUCUCCAACAGCAAACUAACAAACAACAGUGCUGGCUAUGAUGGUGGGGCGAUUAGUGUUUACUCAGGCACUGUAUGCAUAUUCAUCUCCAACAGCACACUGACUAACAACAGAGCUGACAGGAGUGGUGGAGCGAUUUAUGGUAACCUAGGCAGUACUGUGUCUAUCUCCGACAGUACACUGAAAAACAACACGGCUACCUCUGGAGGAGGAAUAUUUCUAAGAGAGAGUACACUUUUUGUAAACAAGACAAUAAAGAUCUAUCACAACACAGCACAGAAUGGUGGAGGCAUUUAUACUUAUUUUAGCAAAGUUGAAUUUCAAUCUGUGUUACCAAUUUUCAGGGGCACAAAUAAACACAGUGAGAUUGUUGACAACAUUGCCGAGAAUGGCGGAGGUAUUUAUGCAGUAGCUACAACCAUUGAACUAACUCAGGCACAUGUUAACAUUGACUCAAACACAGCAAGUGCUAAAGGAGGUGGAGUGUUUCUACAGCAAAGUUCGAGACUGUACUUAUUUAAAAAACACUAUGAAGAUGUGGUAGAAAAGCCUCAAGAUAUUACAUUAGUCACGUUAACGAUUAAAAACAACUCAGCUCAGCACGGAGGGGGAAUAUUUGUGGCAGAUGACACACAAAGGAGUGUGUGUGGAGGUGGGGUCAUAGAAACUGAUGCUACUCAAACAAUUUUUAAGGAUUGCUUUAUUCAAACAAUCAAUUCGUAUGGAUACACGUUGAACAUAGAAAUAAACCACUUCAACACAUUCAUGACUAACAACACAGCUACCCAGUCAGGAGGAGACAUCUAUGGAGGUCUGUUGGAUAGGUGUACAGCAAUUCAAAAUGCUGAAUAUAACAGUUCUUCAAACGGAUUUGAUUACACAAAUAGUACCGUAAAAUCCUCCACCGAAUUAGCAAUCUCAUCUAGGCCUGUUCGAGUAAUGUUUUGUAACAAUUCGCAACAUUUAACAUAUACAAGAAAGGGACACACAUUUAGAAUCAGUUUUAUGGCUAUUGACCAAGUUGGAAAUCCAGUGAACGCCACAAUUUAUAGUUCUGUUGUCACUGAGAGUGGAGUUGGUCGUCUCAAAGAAGGACAGGCAAAACAAAAAGUUGGCAAUCAGUGUACAGAAUUAGAGUACAGUGUAUUCUCACAAGACAGCUCUGCUCAAGUGGAACUCUAUGCCGAGGGUCCAUGCAUCAAUUUGGGAAUUUCAAGACAAAUUAUCAAUAUUUCUUUUCUACCCUGCACAUGCCCUAUUGGACUCAAACCAAUUCAGUCUGAUACUGAGUGCAAGUGUGACUGUGAUCCAGACUUGGAACAAUAUCAGAUAAUAAACUGUUCUGAGGAAAAUGGAAUUUUAAAGCUGGAAAGUAAUAACAACAUAUGGAUAGAAUUCAUAACUACCAAUGGAACGGGGUAUGUUGUUAGUAACUGCACAUUUGACUAUUGUGUAGAAAAACCAGUCAACAUCAGCCUAAGUAGCCCUGACAAACAAUGUGCCUACAAUCGAAGUGGUGUCUUGUGUGGAGAAUGUGAAUCAGGACUCAGUAUUGUGUUGGCUACGUCAAAUUGUAAAGAAUGCUCUAAUCUUUACCUUCUUCUACUAAUACCAUUUGCGCUCGUUGGGAUAUUGCUAGUUGCUUUAAUUCUCGUGCUCAACAUCACUAUAGCAACUGGAAGUAUUCAUGGCCUCAUAUUUUACGCCAACAUAGUAGCUGCUAAUAGAGCCAUUUUCUUUCCUAAACUAAACAACUUUGUAACAGUUUUCAUAUCAUGGGUGAAUCUUGACCUGGGAAUCGAGACAUGCUUUUACGAUGGAAUGAACUCUCAAGCAAAAGUGCUUCUUCAACUCGUCUUUCCUGCUUACUUGUUUCUUCUAGUAUUCUUAAUAAUCAUUUUAAGUAAGUACUCUGACUUAUUUGCAAAGCUUCUCUCCAACAGGAACCCAGUUGCUGCCCUAGGCACACUCGUUUUACUCUCUUAUUCUAAAUUCUUACGGUUUAUCGUUGCUGCACUACAAAAUAGGGUCUUGAAAUAUCCUGAUGGCUCAACCAAGACUGUUUGGUUGUUUGAUGGUAAUGUACCAUACUUCACUCCCAAUCACAUCCCUCGGUUUGUUGCUGCAGCCAUUAUCCUCAUUGCCGGUGGAUUGUUCACUGUAUUACUCUUUUUUGGACAAUGGUUUCCUCGCUGUUCCAAGGUUAUGAUAUGGACCAAGAACACAUAUUACAAUGGUUUCAUGGAUGUAUACCAUGCUCCAUUCACUCCCAAGCAUCGCUACUGGGUGGGGCUGCUCCUUUUUGCUCUGAUUGCACAUAAUCUAGUAGUUGCCAUGGCUCCAAACACUUCUCUCCCUGUUCUAUCAUCUGGGUGUAUUGCAUUCGGACUGAUAUCAUUGACCAAUCGAGUGCACAAAAAGCAACUUAACGAAUAUCUAGAAACAUUCUUUUUGUUUAAUCUCGGUAUUCUAUCUAUUGGCACUUCAUAUGUUGUUGAAACACACCAACAGCAAGAAACACUGACCAUUCUUUCAAUGUCCAUAGCUUUCAUUCUCUUUGUGACAAUAAUCAGCUACCAUUUCCACCAAUUCAUACUAAAGAAGACCAAGACAUGGCUUAAGAUAAAGCAAGUCGCAAAAAACUUGACAACUGGUGUUGCAUACAAAAAGAACCGAGAACCUAACAAUGCCAUGGAAAUACAUCUGUUGGCAGCAAAUGAAAUUGAUGACGAUGACAAUGAAGGACUUUUAGCUGAGCAAAUAGGCAUUGUGGACCCACAACCUUACACUGAUGGAGCCAUGGAAGAAGCUGACCCUGAUCGUUACAUGACCCCUCCCAUCAUCAGACCAGCCACGAGGCCAGACCAGCUGAGAGAGCCUGCCCUGGACGUACUAGCCCCCCUCACCACAGAGGACUACAGACCAGCCCCUCCCCCUCCAAAAUUCAACCGUCGUCCUGCUGUUACACACACAGAAAUAGGCCUCAUAAGUAAUGAAGUGUGAACUGUCUUAUUAUACAUACAUGUACACAUAAAAUAAUGUAAUUAUAAUUCCAACAGUUACUGCCCUUGGCAAUUGUUUAAUGUUACUAUAGUCAAAAUGGUUGUGCUAUUUUAAUUUGUAUGUGUUGUAUCUGUUAAUUGUCUUCACUUUAACACAGAU